UUAACAGUUUAUGAACUCAUUAUGUUUGUCCACAGCUUGAAAUUUCCUCGCGUCUAGAAUGGCCUCACACUCCGUACGUGUUCUAGUGUUAUGAAAACGUGAAAUUUUAAAUUACUCCGUUGAUGUUCACGGCGAAUCAGAAGUCAGCUGGUGGCUGAAAAAUGUACCAUGACACCUUAAUACAACUGUAGAACGUGCAGUCAAAAGUGUAUUGCUGAAGUACUUACUGUCAGAGUUUCUAUUUAUAAAAACCUAUUCAGACCAGUUCUGUUUAGCUCUUUGGUCAUAUUGAUGAUUUCAGAAUAAGAAUAAUUUCAGAAUAAGAAUAAUUUUCUAAACAUCACGCAAAUUUUGGAAAUUCACAGAAACCCUUCUUUUUUUCAUCGAGAAUUGAACCAGUUAAAACUUCCGUUCAUAGAAAACUGACAGCACGGCUAUGAAUGCUAAAAGAGACUGAAAAUUCAUUUACAAUAGCUGGGCUAUACCUAACUUAAAACAAUAAACACUAACUAAAACAACUUACAAUCGAAACGUUGGAAAUUAAUGGUACUUUCACAAAGGACACAUACGUAUUUUCCUUUAAUGAAAUCAGUAAUAAACGUAUUCUAUCCGGCGUUGUGUUGAGGAAGUUGCUCAGUACAGCUACCGACGAUUAGGCUGCUUGCUGGGAAAAAUUGGCGCGAUUGAAAAAAAAUCGAAACCGAUUUAGUAACUAUUUGAAUUCAUUUACUUUGUUUACAUAGAAAGUUGGUUGGUCACUGAAGCCAGAUCGACAAAGCAUAGACUUCUCAGGCGGAACAACAACUCUGCAUCCUGUUGCUUCAGUCUUGGCGGCUUCUACAACUAAUUACGAGCGAUCUGAGUCAUAAACUUUAAUUGGUGUGAUACAUUUUGUGGUUCUCAGCGAUCAGUUGUGCCGAAAAUAACAGCACGAAAACAAGGAAGAGGAACAGUUGAGCUUACACGGGGCGAUUGAGAGUGGCCAGUGCAUGAGCGAGGUUGUCAAACAAGUGAACGAUUCAUAAUUUUCGAUUAACAUUCACCAGCUCGUUUGAACCAUGAAUGCAACGGUAAAAACAGAACAGACAACAGAACAGAACAGAGCAGACAACUUCAUUGAUGAACCAUUAGCAUCGUUCUAUGUUCGUGUUGUCUUUUUUGCCUUCAUUGUGCUAGGGAGUGUACUUGGAAAUGCCGUGGUGUGUAAAUCCAUUUUGUCGUUACCUACUCGUCAACUUCUAUUUUCUUAUUACUUGGUGACCAAUCUCGCUGUCGCUGAAACCAUCAGCUCACUUUGUUUCCCGUUCUACUUCGUUUAUGACUGGUUGAAUCAUUGGCCUUUUGGUGACGUCGCCUGUAAGCUGGUGUUUCCCAUUCAAAUGACGGCCAUGUUUGUGGAGACUUAUACGCUAGCUUUCAUUGCGGCUUACAGAUAUCGAGUGAUAGUCUCCAGUUGCCACCAGUUAGCCUCUCGUUCGCUAGCCAGAGUGUUGCUAGUACUUGGUUUGUUGUGGGUUGCCGCUUUGAUAGUUGUGCUGCCAGUUGGAGUGAUGCACGCCGAGAUCAAGCUCCCGUCUGAACAAAACCACUGUAGAGCCCUGUUCCCUGGUGAUACAUCGCAAGAUGCCUCAAGACACACUAAAUACUCUAUUGCUCGUUUCAUCGUGAGUUUUGUUGUUCCGUAUCUCAUUAUCUCGAUAUCGUACGUUGCUGUGGCUGUCAAGAUCAAAACCCACGUGACUGAGUUAAAUGCAACGCGCACAAAUGGUGUAACCGGAGAGGAUCUACCGCCUCAAAAUGGACAUGCCCGAUUCAUCGAACUAGAAACAAUGGAAGGGAAUGCUUGGGUGCAGAACGAAAACGGAAAGAAAACCAAAGCAAAACGUCAAACUGGUAAAGUUGGAUGUCCAAGGCACGCCUUGCCUCCCGUCCAAGCCGUCCGAACAAGAGAUGAUUGCAGUAGUGUCAUGAACUUCGAAGUGGACAUUCUCAGAAUGAUCUAUUUGAUCAUACUUACUUUUAUUGUUUGUUAUAUUCCUAUCCAGGUUGUGUUUAUCUACGAACAAGUAAAGGGCGGGCUAUCUGAUUGGCCAUAUUACAUUAUUGUAAGGAGGUAUGCGUUCCUUCUGACUUGUCUUCCUGGGGCAUUUCAUCCUAUUCUAUAUGGAACAAUGAGUAAAUUUUACGCUAAAGCGUUUGCU